AUGGGGGGCCGCGGGCUGCUGCUGCUGCCAGUGCUGCUGCUGCUGGGCGCCGCGGGGCCGCUGCUGCAGCCGGCGGAGUCGGCGGACCCCGGGGACCCCGUCAGCGCCGAGAGGAGCCUGGCGUGGGGCCCCGGGCUGGAAGCGGGGGUCACCGUCCCCGUGCGGUACUUCUACAUCCAGGCGGUCAGCGCGGCCGGACGGAACUUCUCCCGCUCCCCGCCAGGAAGAACACAGUUUAAAGUGGUAAUUAAAGCACUUUCUCCAAAAGAAGUCACCAGAAUUUACACGCCUCGGCCUUUGGAUAGAAAUGAUGGUACAUUCCUUAUGCGUUAUCGGAUGUAUGGAAGUGUCACAAAAGGCCUGAAAAUUGAGAUACUUUAUGGUGAUCAGCAUGUGGCUCAAUCACCUUAUAUUUUGAAAGAACCAGUUUAUCAUGAAUACUGUGACUGUCCUGUGGAAGACCCUGAGGUCUGGCAGGACAUGAUGUCCUGUCCAUCCCAAGAGCCUCAGAUUACAAAAGACUUCAUUUCAUUUCCCACCAUUGACCUGCAGCGAAUGCUCAAGGAAAUCCCAGCCAGGUUCAGCCAAACAGGAGGUGCUAUUGUCCAUUACACUAUCCUGGAUAAUCACAUCUACCGGCGCUCCCUAGGGAAGUACACAGACUUCAAAAUGUUCUCCGAUGAAAUGUUCCUGUCACUGGCCAGGAAGGUUCGUCUUCCUGACGUGGAGUUUUAUCUCAAUGUUGGAGACUGGCCAGUUGAGCACAGGAAGGUUAAUGAUACACCUGGGCCUCUACCUGUCAUCUCCUGGUGUGGCUCUGUGGAUUCCAGAGAUAUCAUCCUGCCAACAUAUGAUGUAACCCACUCGACUCUGGAAACUCUGCGUGGAGUCACCAAUGAUCUCCUUUCCAUUCAAGGGAAUACAGGCCCCUUCUGGGACAACAAAACUGAGAGGGCUUUAUUCAGAGGUCGAGACAGCCGAGAAGAACGUCUCCAUCUUGUCAAGUUAUCCAAGGAAAAUCCAGAACUACUAGAUGCUGGAAUAACUGGAUAUUUCUUCUUCAGAGAAAAAGAAAAAGAACUGGGGAAGGCUCAGCUGAUGGGCUUUUUUGACUUCUUUAAGUACAAAUACCAAGUGAAUGUAGAUGGCACCGUAGCAGCUUACAGGUUUCCAUACCUCUUGCUGGGUGACAGCCUGGUAUUGAAGCAAGACUCCCAGUACUAUGAACACUUUUAUAUUGGAUUAAAACCUUGGAAACAUUAUAUUCCAGUUAAGAGAAACUUAGAGGACUUGCUAGAGAAAAUAAAAUGGGCUAAGGAGAAUGAUGAGGAAGCAAGAAAAAUUGCUAAACAAGGACAACUAACAGCAAGAGAAUUACUUCAGCCUCACAGGUUUUACUGCUACUAUUAUAAAGUGCUCCAGAAAUAUGCCGAACGCCAAGCCAGCAAACCUGAAAUACGGGAUGGAAUGGAACUUGUACCUCAGCCUGAUGACAGGGACUCAGUGUGCACUUGCCACAGAAAAAAGCCUUUAAGGGAAGAUCUAUAACUGUACUGGACGGAGAAAAUUACCCACAUAAAAUGCAGGAAUAGGAAUUAAGCUGUGAAAUCUAAGACUCUUAUGCAGUACCAGGCAUUCUUAGUUAUGUAUUCUUGUAUUUUCAUACCAUUUUUCCUGCUCAUUCUGAUCUACAGUGUUGGUUCUCACAGUUUUGGCUCCAUGACCACCACCAGACAGACAGUGAGCCUGCAGUGGGGAGUGUCUGGGGGAUUUGUUUGAUGUACUGCAUCAUAAGGAAGCAGAGCACAGAGCUGCUCAUGUUCCAGAUGGGACCUAUUUACCAAAGUUUUGUGAGGAACUAGUCGCUGCAAAAGAUCUUGCCAUGAGUCAGUGCAAGUUAUUCUAAAGGAGCGUUUGUGAUACAUUGAAACAGUGUUAUGAUUUCUUCAUAAAGUUUACCUCAGUGUUAGAUUGUUUCUUGUAUGCAAAACAAUUUUUGAACUAGACAAAGAAAAUGAAUAUUUGAGAUUUACAGAUAGCAGAUCUGGUCAUGCUUUCAGAUUGUUUUGUGGUUUAUGACAGGUAACAGACAACAUGAUAUAAUGCUCAUCAAUUUUAGAGGAAAAUGGAGAGCAGGGGGAGAGAUUAGAAAAAUGUGUUUAUAAGCAUCAUGUCUGUGAAUCACCAGAAUUAAAUAUUGCUUUAAAACAGACUCUCUAGCUGUCACGGUGCCUUGGGUGCCAAGUCACCACUCUGAAAACAUGUUCCCUUCCUGUGACUGUCUGUACAUGUAGUCACAGUUCCACAAAAGGACUGGGGAAUUUCAUGCCGUGGGAAACACUGGUAUCUUAGUUCAGCAAUACCAUCCACAGUAUUCUGGACUACGUGAAAUCUGAAAUUUGUUUUAGAUUUAGCAGAGUUUUAGAUCAGCUUGGUUUAAUUAUUUUGUAAUAGUCUAGGAGUUAGAGUCCAUGUAAAGCAACUGGGAAGCUGGUUGUCCUCCUUGGUUUAAUUCAAGGCCAUUUUUUCCAGAGGGUGCCUUAGCUCCAGACUGGGCAAGAGGUUUUCAGGUCUUCUGCCAAAGUUCCUGUGCAGCCAUGAACAUUGCAGCUAGCAAUGCAAAAUUCACAAGGGCAGAAGGAUCUGGUCAUACCUUUGUGAUAAAGUCUGCCUUUGGAUGGGGCAGAAGAGGAAUCCUAGUGCUGGGUACAACUCCAAAUACCUCUGUUGAUUUUUGUCCAAGUUUGUCUACUUCAAAAUGCAUAAAUAGUUCUGGAAGGAGACACCAUUACUGAGACCAGUGCCCACAAGCACCCAUUUCUGUGUUUCCAUCUUGGCUAAUGCAGCCUGCCUGAGCAGCUCCUGACUCACUACAGGCAAAUAAAAGCUUUCAUGGAUACUGAAUUCUCCCUACACUAAAAAAAAUGGAGAUGUCUGCAAGACAGUAGACUUGUCUGAUUGAUUUGGUGCACUACACACCAUGCAGGCUUCAUUCUUGGUUCUACACUGCAAAUUGCAUAAAAUUUCUGCAUUAGAGCAGGAAGAAAGGCAGUAUGCUAAAUAUGGAAAGAACUUUGUCUUUCUAAAGAGGUCAGUGCAACUGUCCAUCAGUCAUUUAUUAUAUUAUGCCAGUUAAGAAAUAAACCUGUAUCAUGUUGCUCUACCCAUAAUCCUCUUUGUUCUGGUUCUAACACUCAUAUUUAUAGUGGUUGUGUUUUUAUUUAGCAUGAAAACCAGUCCUAGAACUUCAGUCUAUAAAUAUGUGUUCAACUCAUCUGACAUAAAGUUUUCUACAUCGAAGUUCAGCAACAGGGUUCCAUUGCUGAAGCUGACACUCAGGACUGAGUCUGUGCUCUCCUUUUGUUCCAUGUGCACAGUCAUUUUUACUGUAUUACAUGAUCUUAUUUUGGGAAAUUACCUGUUAUGCCACGUGCUUUUUGUAUUCACCAGUGUUUAUGGAGGUGGUGCACUCAGCAAAGGCAAGUGAGCAUAAAAGAUGGUUGAAAAACAAAGUGUUCCACAUAUUUCAAAUCAAGAGUCCAAAAGUGAUUCAUUUGUAUUUUUUAAAAUGAGAGAGAAUAGGGGGAGUCAUGACGCAUACUUCACGGUUCUUUGGAAAUACCUAUGUAGGAAAACUUGCCUAGCUUGAAACAGAAGUCUUUCAAACUGAAAGAAGAAUCAGAUAAAAUUUAAAUUAUAAAUAAAUGUGAAUAUUUUAUCCUUCCUUUCUUCCCUCAUAAAAAGGGGAAGAAACUGUUCUUAAUUCUUCUCUGCCAAAAAAAGUCCUUUCUCUUGUAACAAGUAUCACUUCAAAGACUAGUUUCUCAACAGAGUGCCUUACAGUUGCUUUCAUAACUCACAGCAAGAAAUAUCCUGAAAAAUAUGACUGUACUAAUCUUCUUGCUCUAGUUGAAAAAUAGUAGAGAGAUGGUGGAACUUUUACUACAAGUCCAUAUUAAUUUGAGAGAAUCUGGUUCACUUUACAGCUAUAGCUCUUCCAAAGGUAAAAGAAGGUAAGGCAAGGUCUCUCUUCUUUCCAUUGGUGCUGCUGUAUGCAAUUUAAAUUGUAAUGAAGAACAAUCGUAACAAGUGCCCCACCAGGCCAGAAAAGAUGUCAGAUCUAUGUGAGUUUGCUGAGAGGAUGAUACCCAUCAGCCUGGUGUGUUACAGGAAAUGAUAAAUACUGAAUAAAACCUGGUUUUGCAUGUGAAGUGUAAUACAUACAUUAAAUAGAAUUUUCAAGUGGCA